UCUAAUGUGUUUCUCGAUUUAACUUUGUAACGUAAUAUUAUUAGCUUACUAUUUUAGUCGACAGCUAAAGACUGUUUGAAAGCAUACAGCUCAACGUCAGCUACUAAUAUCAAAGAUUUGUCAAGAAUUUCAGGCUCGGUGGAAAUGCAUUUAUUUUACACGUCGUUUGUUUUGUGCGUCCUCUCUGCAUGUCACAUGACCACAUCCACCUGCGAUGAGCUCCUGUCUUCAGAAGAUGCUGAGUUCUGCAAGGGAAAAUUAAAGGUGAUUUACCCUGAUCUGGUUGUCGACAAAUGCAUGAUCAUCCCUCAGAGGAUCAGAGAGAAGAUCAGUAAGGAGUGGGGACCACCUCAAGUACAGCUGCCAAGUGCUGAUGAGGAGAAGAAAUACACUCUAUUAAUGGUGGAUCCAGAUGCUCCUAGUCGUCAGAAACCUUCUCGCGCGUACUGGAGACACUGGUUACUGGUUGACAUUAAGCAUGUGUGCAGAUGGACCCUUCCUCCCGUAUUGCUGCCAACUCGCCACUCGCAGUCAGUCGCCAUCUCCAGUCACCACUCGAGAUUUCUGGCACUCGUCGCAAACCAGAGAGCCCACUCCACACAUUUGUGUUAUUGUGCGGAGCAUUUCUCCCUCAGUGACACAUCAUCUUAUGCUCUUCGGCUCUUCAUCCAACAGUUACCGUGCAACUGGACUGCGCUCGGGCACUUGAACUGUUCCUGGCUCAGGCCUGACCAGUCCUGCUUUUCUCCAACCAGCCAUUCAUGCCUCUCAAGAUCCUGUUAACCGUUGUCUGGGACUUUCAUUGCAAUUCAAGAGCUCUUGACUGGGGAAGCCGAUGCAGAUUGAAUUGGUAAUGAAGUUAUUAAUUCUGUUGGAGCAGAUGGUGAUGGAAGAGGGGAAUGGGGAGCUGAAAUGCCCCUGUAGCUCCGCACUCAGCCCGCCUGACCCGUUCUGUCUCUCAGUUCCCUCCUGCUCAUGGAAUACUACCAAAAAACAAUCCCCGAACAGCUUGUUCUGCCUCAAACGGACUUUUCCUCCAGAUCACACCGCUCCUAUGUCUUGCUCUGUCUGAUUUCAGUAUCUCUUUCUCUCGCUCUCUCUUUCUCCUCACAUGAAAGCGGAUGUUUUGUUUGCUCUGCCGACAGAAACAAAAGGCAGAGUCAUUAGCGAUAGAGAGUAGUUUGCUUAUGUAAAUAAACCGCUAGGUGAAAAAUCCUUCUUUACUUUUCACCCUAAUAGUCCACCCACAGAUUGCAGUAUCACAUCACCCAAUAGCUGUUGG